AAUUAUAAGAAGAGUCACCAGCAGAGCAGUGUGCAAAUCCUCUUUAUCAAUAUCACUACCCAUUUGGUCACUUCUCUUCCUCUCUUUCUCAACCAAACACAUUCACUCAUUUCUCUCUCUUUGUGUGAGCAGCCUUUAAAUUUCUUGGUCUCUUAAUUUGUAAAUCUCCACCAAAUUUUGAUCUUUGCUCUUGUUCUGCAACUAACUACACUUCACUCAUCAAAGGAGUGUCUUUUCCAUCUUUCCGAAAAUGGGAAGAUCUUUUCACAAACUGACACUCUUCCUUUUCUCCCUUUUCUUCAUACUACAACGAUUGCCAAACUCAACUGCCACUUCUUCUUCAUCAAAGUACCAGAUCCAAUGCACAAUGUGUUCAUCAUGUGACAACCCUUGUCAGCAAACACCUUCACCACCGCCACCAUCACCGCCACCACCGUCACAACCGCCACCCUCUUCCAGUACAAUCUGUCCACCACCACCAUCCCCACCAUCUCCAGGCUCUGGUGGCGGUGGUGGUAGCUCCUACUACUCUCCACCACCGCCUUCUCCCUCCUACUCAUACGUCUCACCACCCCCGCCCUACAGCGGUGGUGGCGGUGGUGGCGGCGGCGGCCUAUAUUACCCUCCGCCCAACAACAGGAAUUACCCUACACCGCCACCGCCAAACCCAAUUGUUCCUUACUUCCCAUUUUACUAUUAUAGCCCUCCUCCUCCUGUCAACUCAGCCUUGUCUCUUCCCCACUCAAACAUGUGUUCCUCGUUAUGUUACACUGCUGUUGUGUCUCUUGUUUUAUUUUUUCUGUUUUAAUUGGAAAAUGCUAAAGCUACAUGUUCAAAGGAAAUAAUGUGGCAGAUUUGCAGAUCUGGAGAUUGUCAAGGUGAGAGAGCAUAAAAGAUCAGGUUCUUCAUUUGAUCAGAAAAAAAAAAAAAAAAAAA